CACAAUCAUGAAUACGUUGUGGUGUUAUUUCAUGUUACGUAUUUUAUUAGAAUAAUAUUAUAUUGAUUUGAUUAUAGUGCUAGUUAUCUUCAGUAUAAAAAUGGCUACAUUAAUUCAGUCUUACGAGCAACAAUACUCUAUACUCACAGCAGACAUUACGGCUAAAAUAGGUCGUCUUAAGUCCGGAUCCGAAGACAACCGGGAUCAGCUGACUCGAGAAAUCCAGGCUAAUUUUGAAGAAGCAAAUGAUUUGUUGGAACAGUUAGAGCUUGAAUCUCGUGGUAUCGGAGCUGGUUCUCGCGUGGCAGCCUACCGAGCUGAGCUGCAACGUGUCAGAGAUGAAUAUCGCUCUGUUCUUAACACCGGCUCCUACAACUACGAAAAUGACGAGGUCUUUGAUGACUGGAGUGGAGCGAAUGAGCAGCAUCGCAAGUUGCUGGACAAUACGGAGCGACUGGAGCGCACUGGGAAGACCCUGACAGAGGGCUACCGCGUCGUUUUGGAGACAGAGCAGAUUGGAGCUGCUGUGCUGCAAGAUCUAAGUGUUCAGAGGGAGACUAUUCAGAGGUCGAGGGGCAGGCUUCGCGAGACAGAUGAGCAACUAAACAGAUCAUCUCGGCUCAUGAAUACGAUGGUGAUGCGAGCUCUUCAAGACCGGUUCAUCCUUAUCAUGGUGUUCCUAGUCCUCGGUGUGCUCCUGUGUGUAGGAGUCUACUUCUACGUCACGUAGUUGCCAGGGAGCGCUGCCUGCGCUCUACAUGUUGUUUUCGGAUACUUGAUCAUGGAUAGAUGCGGUUCGUUUAGAUUUAAACACGAUUCUAUGUUAAUGGUGUGAUCUUUGAGGCGCGC